UUAGAAAUCGUGGCACGUUACCAUAGCAGCGGGCAAACACACUGGCGGGAGAGAAAGCGAUGGCGGCAGAGGAAGAAGCGAGACGAAGAGGGGGAGGAGGGUCACGAUCUUUCGGAUAAUCCGCUCACCGCGCACCUGGUGGUUGUCCGGAUGGAGAACAUUUCGGACAAUCUGAAGCUGCUGGACUACGAGAGAGGGUUUUGUAAGGGACUCAAUUUCAAGCCUAUCCCCAGACACUAUUUCGCAGUGGCCACUAAUCCCGGAGAGCAGUUCCACGUGUUUGCCAACCUUGCCGUAUGGCUCCUGAACCAGUGUGGUAGAAAACUUGCCCAGCCCGAGGAGAGCGACGAUCCUAAUUCAAGCACCGCAGCUAUCAUGGAAGAAGCAAGGAAAUUGAAAUUACACACGGAUUUUCCGCCACACAAACUGAAGACUGGCUGUGGGGAACAGGUGUGUAGUCUCCUACUUGGUCUAACUGAGUGUGCCCUCCACUCACGAAACUUCAAAUGGAGAAAACCAGUUUAUCGAGACGAACAGGUCGAGGAAGAGGUUGUGGAGGGUCAGAGUGCAGAGGUCACUCUCGACCAACUGGAGGAAGAAAUUCAUGAGGACGUGGAGAGUGAGGAGGAAGGAGAUGUGUUCAUGGACCUGUCCAAUAUGAAGGAGACCAGAGAUUUAGAGGUGGAGAUGGGAGGGGCACUGGGAGGAGCUCUGGAGGCAGGGGUUGACGAACAGCAGUGGAGACUGGAAGUGGAGAGAGUGCUUCCUUCACUGAGAGUUCACCUCAGACAGGAUAACCGGGAGUGGAGGGCACACUAUGAUCAGAUGCACAGCCACCAGGAGGCCAUCGAGACCAAGCUGGCCGACACCAAGGUCUACCUGGACAAACUGCAGCAGGAGAUCGGUCGCACUCUGGAGAAGAUUUCCUCUCGAGAGAAAUACGUCAACAACCAGCUCGAAUCCUCCAUUGCCGAGUUCCGCACCUCUCAAGACGGUCUUGCUGAGAUACGUGAGCGAUACAGGAACAGCAGCUCGUCGGUCAAUGACCUAGCACGGGAGCUGGCACAGGUGACAGAGGCGCUGGACAGGGUGAAGGGAGAGAUGGAGGAGAGAGGGAGCAACAUGAUAGAUGCAGGGCCGCUGGUGAGGAUAAAACAGGCCCUCACUAGACUCAAGACGGAGUGUACACAGAUGGACGUCAGAAUUGGAGUGGAAUAUCAACAAUGGAGUGUACAGAGCUGGGUUUGCCACGAAGCAGGAGCCGUACGACGUGGCAGUGAGAGAGUUGUUUGCAGCUCUGGACCGCGUGGAGGCCAUCUUGGCAGGCAAGCGCUACCUCGCAGGAGACCAGCUCACUGAGGCUGACGUACGACUCUACACAACUUUAGUCCGCUUUGACAAGGUCUACGUCGGCACAUUCAAGUGCAACAAGAAGUGUAUUCGAGACUACCCCAAUAUCUGGCCUUAUCUGAGGGACUUGUACCAGACCCCAGGCUUCGGGGAGACCACCAACUUCACACACAUAGAGAACGGCUACCAGGGAAAGUCUCCUGAUCGGAAUCCUCAUGGAAUCGUCGCAAUAGGACCUGAUAUCAACUUCAACGAGCCCCACAAUAGAGCUACAAAAUUCAGCAGCUGAUUGUAUUCCACGGAACAAAUUUUUCUUAGACAGACCAAAAUUUUUUGACAGAACACAGUUCACUGAGAUCAUGCUUAUGGAGAACAUCAUAAUUGUACAUAACUAAUAAUUGUAGGAGCCACCCAUUCUACGGGAGUAAAAUUGGCCUCCACUUUGGGCAGUAGAAGUUUGAUGUUCAUGACUCUGUUGGGGUAUACUCCGCUGGGGUUGAAGUGGUGUUGGAGUAGAAGUUACUCCCCCUACAUACUGCGCUGG